AUGACGCGAAAUUUAUUAAAAUUUAUACCUCUAAAUAAUUGGCUUCGUGGCUAUUCUAAACCAAAGGCUAUUUCUGAUUUCAUAGCUGGUGUAACUGUUGGUUUAACAGUUCUUCCUCAGAGUUUGGCUUACGCGACUUUAGCUGGGCUGGAACCACAGUAUGGCUUGUACUCGGCCUUCAUGGGGUGCUUCGUCUACGCCCUUUUGGGUGGCUGUCGACAAGUUACAAUCGGCCCGACGGCACUGCUCUCUCUGAUGACUGCCAAAUAUACUGCUCAAGCAGCAGGAAUAGAAUUAGCUGUUUUGCUGUGCUUUUUAUCUGGCUGCGUCCAAUCGCUGAUGGCAAUCUUUCGAAUGGGAUCUCUGGUUGAUAUAAUAUCCUUACCAAUAAGUAUUGGUUUUACUUCAGCGACUGCUGUAAUAAUAGCAACGUCCCAAAUAAAAUCCUUGCUAGGCUUAAAAUAUCCUCGAGGAAGUGGUGAUAAUUUUGGAAAAACACUAGUUAAUAUUUAUAACAAUUUGCCUAAUACUCAACUUGGAGAUAGUUUACUAGGGUUAUCUAGUAUACUCCUACUACUACUAUUGAGGAAAUUCAAAGAUUACAGAAGUACAUCUACUAGAUCCAAAGUGUACAAACAAUUUCGUACUUUAUUAUGGCUUAUAGCAACUGCAAGAAAUGCUAUAAUAGUCUUAUUAGGAGUCGUAAUUGCAUACAGUUUUGAAAAAUAUACUUCAACAAUACCAUUUCAAGUCACGGGAUCAGUAAAAUCAGGGCUUCCAUCAAUCCACUUGCCUGCAUUUGAAAGUAUUAUAUACGAAUCGAAUUUAAUAGAACUAAGUUUUAAAGAUAUGGUCGAUAUUCUUGGAUCGUCGAUUAUUUUAGUACCUAUUAUAGCUGUUUUGGGAAACGUUGCUAUAUCAAAAGCGUUCGGCGGUGCCAAAUUAAAUCCCUCAAGAGAACUUUUAGCUUUAUCUUUAAGUAAUAUUUUUGGCUCAUUUGUAUCAUCGAUGCCAGUGACUGGAUCUUUUUCAAGAAGUGCUGUUAAUCAUGCAUCGGGAGUACAAACUCCUUUGGGAGGAGUUUAUACAGGUCUUUUAGUAUUAUUAGCUAUAGGUUUAUUAACGCCGUAUUUUCAUUAUAUUCCCAAAAGUUCUCUAUCGGCUGUGAUAAUAUGCGCUGUGAUCUUUAUGAUCGAAUAUGAGGUAGUUAGGCCCUUAUGGCGUUGCAGCCGAAGAGAAUUAUUCGGUUGUGUGAAAACAUUUGUACUUAGUCUUGUAUUCAGUGUCGAAAUUGGACUCUUAGUCGGAGUUUCAUGGGAUUUAUUAUAUGUCGUUUAUAAAGCAGCCAGACCUGAUUUGCCGAUUACAAAAGUCACAACAGAUUCGGGCAUCGAGUUCUUAAUUUUAAAACCAGGCCAUGGUUUAUUAUAUUUUCCAGCAGUCGAUUUUCUACGAGAUGCUAUUAGAAAAGCUGCCAACGAAAAAGGUGUUCCUGUAAUAAUCGAUUGCAAUAAUUUACAAGAUAUUGAUUUCACUGCGGCAAGAGGCAUUGUUACUUUAUCCAAAGAACUCAAUGGAAGACUAAUUUUAAUGAACGCCAGUGAAAAAGUUUUGAAAGUAAUAGAAGAUGCAAAUAGUGCAAAAGUUCCCAUUAAAAAUGUUUUGAACGAAACGGAGUUAAAUAUUAUUUUAGAAGACAAUCAUACAUUUCCAAUUGCAACCGAGUUGAGGGAUGUCCGAAAACCGUUGUUGAAAUUACAGAAAUAA